UUCUCGUCCAGAAACGUGUUCCCCUUUGCCAUUCUCCAGAUGAUGUCCCUGUAAUGGUGCACAGUUAAGCGCAAUAUGAUAUUGCGAGGGGGUCCAUCAGAUCUUCGUUUCCCAUGUCGAUGUACCACAUCUCUUAGCCUAUCUUUGAUGCACAAAGCCACCUUUCCCAGGAUAUGAAUGACUGCAUCCCUAAUAUCCUCUCUCUCUUUUACACCUUGGAUUUUCAGAUUCUACCUGCGAGAGUACCUUUGACGUUCAGCUACAUUCUCACACAGCUCAUUAUUUUGGGAUUGCAGUUUCUUCCAACUCAUUCUCUAGGAACGUUAUAUUUUCCUUGUUCUCGCUCACAAUUAUGAGUAGCGGACUAUGAUGGACACUUUGGAGAGCGUGGUGUCUAUUUUAGUUGACAGGGACUGGAUUGCAGAGAAAAGUUCAGACAUGGAAAUGGCCUCUUUUUUCACCGGUGGAUUUUUAAUUGGGGUCUGAGGUAAAGAGGUUGCAAGGAUUUAAUCCUGGUCAGUUUUGUUCUUUCUCUUGCUUGAGUUCGCGGCUUCUUGUGUAUCCAUGCUGAUCUGGUUCUCGUUGUGGCUAGCUAGCAUGUCUGCCGUCUUCUGUGAGACUUGGAUAUUCCGUUUACUAUUGUCUUUCUGUCGUGUUCUUCAACUUUACAAAAACGAACUCUAAACUUAUCCUAUGCUGCUAAAACAAGUUAUAGUUAGUUUCUUUCUGAAUUGAUAGCCAAUAUUAGACUGUUAACCACCUAACCCUCAAUGUUGCCUGGCCGAGCGAGAUAACGCUUCUUGCGUGACGUAUAUUUCUAGUGGACGGUACGGGAGGUUUCUUCAACAGCGACAACAGAUUCAACUACGUGGUAGUUCGCAAUCGAAAAUAAACCGAAACUGUAGUAUGAUCUAAAAUAAAAACGCGCGACAACGGCAGCAGAUUGCAGAGGAGCAACAACAAGACCACAUCUGCCAACAGAUAGUGAAAAAAGGGAUGGCCCAGAACUGCCUCAACUGCUGAAGCCCUAUUGGGUGCACCAACGUGACUUCCACUGUAAUGGAGACCUUCUCAUGAAAGGACAACGGAUAGUUAUCCCAGAGACUCUACAACCAGAAAUGCUAGACAGAGUGCAUGAUGGACACAUGAGGAUAACCAAAUGCAGACUGAGGGCUCAACAGUCAGUGUGGUGGCUUGGUCUGAGUACUCAGAUUGCCAAGCUAGUGGCACAGUGUGAAGUCUGUACAAAAUGUCAACCUUGUCAUCCGGAGCCAAUGAUGGCAACGGAGCUGCCAAAACGGCCAUGGCAAAAGGUAGAGGCGGAGAUGUUCUAUUGGAAAAAUUACACUUAUCUGCUAGUGAUAGAUUACUACUCAAGAUACAUUGAAAUAGCAGAGACACCCAUAACCACAUCAGCUGGUGUUAUCAAUGGAUUAAAGUCUAUUUUUUCCAGGCAAUGGGUCACUGAGGUCCUGGUUAAUUGAAGCGUUUAAGACCAACCUUGUGUAUAUUACUCUUUGUGUUUUGAACAUACUUUUGUUUACCUAUCAUCUAGUUAAUUUAAACGUGAUUUGCUCGUUAAAUUAGCAUAUGUGUUACAUUGAUACUUAAUCGCCCGGAACAUGAGCUCACUAAGUAAGACGGAGAACGGUCUGGUGAAAGGAGAGGAAGAAGCUUUCAGAAUGAAAACGGAUGAAGAGGAGGCUAUCACAUUGAAAGAAGAAGAGGAUGAUAUUACAGUGAAAGAGGAAUAUGGGAAAGAGGUUGUCAAAGUUGAAGAAGAGGUAGAAGCUUUCAGAAUAAAAAAGGAGGAAGGUGCCGUAACAUUGAAAGAGGAGGAAGACCCUUUUGGAGUAAAAGAGGAGGAUAUCUCAAUAAAAGAGGAAGACGUUUUGGGAGUGAAAGAGGAGGAGACUGAAGAUCAGAUUAACCCCAGAGAGAGACACAACUAUCAUGGAUUCUCUGGGGAGCCUCAACAACAUCCUGAAGCUGACGAGUCAGAGAAUAGUCUCUACAGAUCAGAACACCAGAUGGUGCAGCUUGGCAUGAGAAGGAAAACAACGUGGCUGUUAUGAAAGUGAACUGUGUUCUCGUGUGAUCAGCGGUGUAUUCAUGUGCCGAUUGUUGUUGACAAAGUUUCUUAAACGGAACAAAACGGGGAUAAACAUACCUGAAUUUGUCCAAUAGAAACUCUUGUUUGCAACUGCUGGAUUAAUGAUUACCCACUAUAUCAGCUAGAUGCAGGCAAGAGUAUGCAAGGUGGUAUUGAAUGUGUCACUGUCACUGACCUGUGUGCACCUACGUUGUAAACUUCAUUCAUAGGCUAGGUUGUAGCAACCUCAUGAUUUGUAAAGGGAACAUUUGAGAAUCAUGUAGUAGCCUAAACCUAUCGCUGUUACAUUGAACAGGGUGAAUCGAAUAUGAAUGACAGUUGAAUGAGAGUCAUCCAACAUGCUGUAGUAGAAAUAAGGCCAUGCUCAUGAAAAACAAAAUGGUCCUCCCUAAUCUGAAACGGCACUGACCGCCACAGUUUGGGUGGUGGACCAUUCUUUCUACACUUGGGAAACUGUUGAGCUGAAAACCACAGCAGUGUUGCAGUUCUUGACACAAACCGGUGCGCCUGGCACCUACUACCAUACCCCGUUCAAAGGCACUUAAAUAUUUUGUCUUCCCAAUUCACCCUCUGAAUGGCACACAUGCACAAUCCAUGUCUCAUUUGUCUCAAGGCUUAAAAAUCCUUAUUUAACCUGUCUCCCCCCCUUCAUCUACACUGAUUGAGUUGGAUUUAACUACUGACAUCAAUAAGGGAUUGUAGCUUUAGCCUGAAUUAAUCUAGUCAGUCUAAGUCAUGGAAGGAGCAGGUGUUCUUAAUGUUUUGUAUACUCCGUGUAUAGCACUACAGAUAAUCAAGUGCUAUUUGGCUUUAAGGGAAUAGUAUGGUCACAUCGAGAUAAAAACGAAUGUGAAAAAUGAACAGAGAAAAUGUGUAUUAACACACUACCUAUUCCAAAAUGCGUUACUCACUCCAGUCAGCAGAUGACGAUGUGCGUCUUGCAUGACGUAUAAUUAACUGGACGGGACGCUUCUUCAGGAACAACAACACGGCUACUCUUUCAACCACCUCGGUAGCUUGCUAGCCAACAUAAAACUGAAAGAUUGAUUAUUUAGACCAUGUUAAUGUACAUUAGCUAAUCUCAGUGUUUUAAACAAAUUUCGGUUGACUUAUCUAAUGGUUAACUUUAACCUAAUGUGCUUGUUCAAUUUGCAAACGUGUUAAAUAUUGAUAGUGUCUAGGCUAGUCGCUAAUGCUACCUAAACUUGCUAACUAACAUCCCUGACCAUGAGCUCACUAAACUUCUCCUCCCUUUCGACCAUGUUUGUGUACAUUAGCUAAUCUGUGUUUUAAACACAUUUCUGUUGAUGGAUCAACUGGUCAACUUAAUUUGCAAACGUGUUAAAGAUUGAUACUGAAGUUAGCACUAGGCUAGUCGCUAAUGCUAACUAACUAGCUAACAUCCCUGACCAUGAGCUCACUAAACUACUCCUCCCUUGCUAAAGAAGAGGUGGUCUGCUGGACGGAAAAAGAAGCUCUGGGACUGAACAUUGUCGUGGAAGAAGAAGAAGAGGAGGGUGUUGCAGUGAAAAGAGAGGAAGAAUCUUUCAGAAUGAUAAAAGAAGAGGAGGCUGUUGCAGUGAAAGAAGAGGAGGCUGUUGUAGUGAAAGAAGAGGAGGCUGUUGUAGUGAAAGAAGAGGAGGCUGUUGUAGUGAAAGAAGAGGAGGCUGUUGUAGUGAAAGAAGAGGAGGCUGUUGUAGUGAAAGAAGAGGAGGCUGUUAUAGUGAAAGAAGAGGAGGCUGUUAUAGUGAAAGAAGAGAAAGAAGCUUUUAGAGAGGAAGAGGAUGCUGUCUCAAUAAACGUGAAGGAGGAAGAUGUUUUGGGAGUGAAAGAAGAGACAGAAUAUCAGAUUAACACCAGAGAGAGACAUGACUAUGGUGGAUCCUCUGGGAAGCCUCAACAACAUCCUGAUGCUGACGAGGCAGAGAAGAGUCUCUCCGGAUCAGAACACCAGAUGGACAACGCUAGCCCUUCCUCCCUCCCAGAGUCCCUGUGUCAUGCCUCUCCCGGUAGCACCUUACUGCUGGGUAUGAAGAGGUUGUCUGUGCUGCUGGUGGACUGCAGGAAAACAACGGGGCUGAGUGGUACUGUGAGCGGAGGAGAAGAGAAGAAAGGAUCAGAUUUAACUCAAAGAGAGAGACAAGACUCGGAGGAACCAGAGCCAGGUAUGUCCAAACCAGCAAGACGACACCAGUGCUCCCAGUGUGGAAAGAGUUUUAACCAGAAAGGACACCUGAACCAACAUGAGAAAAUACACACAGGGGAGAAGCCUUACCACUGCUCCCAGUGUGGAAUGGGUUGUAACGGGUUAAGGGACCUGAAACAACAUGAGAGAAUACACACAGGGGAGAAGCCUUACCUCUGCUCCCAGUGUGGAAAGAGUUUUACCCUGUUAUGUAACCUGAAAACACACGAGAGAAUACACACAGGGGAGAAGCCUUACCACUGCUCUCAGUGUGGAAAGAGUUUUAACCAGAAAGGACACCUGAAGCAGCAUGGGAGAAUACACACAUGGGAGAAGCCUUACCACUGUCCCCAGUUUGGAACAGGUUGUAACCAGUUAAGGGACCUGAAACGACCUGAGAGAUUACACAAAGGUGAGAAGCCUUACCAUUGCUCCCGGUGUGGAAAGAGUUUUACAACGAUAGGGACACUGAAAAUUCACGAGAGAAUACAUACAGGAGAAAAGCCGUACCACUGCUCCCAGUGUGGAAAGAGUUUUACAACAUUAUGGAGCCUGAAAAUACACGAGAGAAUGCAUACAGGAGAAAAGCCGUACCACUGCUCCAAGUGUGGAAAGCGUUUUACCCACUUAAGUAAUCAGAAAAAACAUGAGAGAAUACACACAGGGGAGAAGCCUUACCGUUGCUCCCAGUGUGGAAAGAGAUUUAGCGAGUUAGGAAGCCUGAUGGCUCAUGAGCGAAUACACACAGGGGAGAAGCCUUACAAAUGCUCAGAGUGUGGGAAGACAUAUUACUCAUCACAGUCACUUAAAAGACAUGUGAGAGUCCACACAGGGGAGAAAACAUGAAUUGAAUAUGGAGUGUGUCAGUUUCAAUAAAGAGUAGAUCAGAUUCCUUGUGUUUAAAUGGUCAGAUAAUCAAGUGAUAUUUGGAUGUGAUGCAUUUGCUCCAUUGUUGACAUUUGCAUUGUCCCACUGAUGAUUUAAUUAAAUGAAAUAUAUCACUGACUGUAAUGUAAAAUGUUAAUUGUAUGUGUCCACAUAUCUGAGUAUGUGACUAACCUUGUUAAACUGUCCUAUUAUAAUCUCCUAUUCCUGGGAGUAACGUCCUGCGUUGCAAACCAGCUGCACCUGCGUCCUUGUAUGAAUAAAGUCCCUCCCAGGAACAGGAAACUAUAAAGAUAUGUGCUCAUCACCCAAUGCUUCAGCAAUUCAGACUGUCUACACUGCGCUGUGUAACUCUGUUAUUCUCUCUGAGCUCAGAAAUAAAGAAUCUUGGUUUGA